AUGUUAGCUCCUCAAUACAUUUUAACGAAAUUUCAGGAAUUUUUGGAAAUAUAAUUAGAAAAUAAACCAAAUAAAAAUGAAGUAAUAAAGAAAUUAAGAGACUUUAAUAGAUAUUUUGCAGCAAACAAUUACAAUAUUAGCAAAGGGUUUGAAUAUCUUUAGAAUAAUCAAAACAACAUACAAUAAUUAUCACCUAUACCAAAAAUAAUUAUUGAUAAACUUUAAAUACCUGAAACCACUAUGCAACUUACUGGACAAGGAUUACAGGGCUUAUAUUAUGCAAUUAUGUUUGGGUUAUAAAUUAAGAAAGGAUAAUUUAUUGCUGAUGGGACAGCUUAUCAACAAUUAAAUUAACUAAUUAAAACAAAUUAAAUUAAUUAGAGUAUAGGAUUAUGGUAUUUUACAGAGAUAGCUACAAUACUUUUGAAAAAUAGUAUAAAUCUUAAUUUGAGUAACCAUCUAUUAGAAAAUGGAAUAAAGAUUAGUGAUUAAAUUGAUAUUAAAAAUUUGUCUAUUGGAUAGAGUGCACUUUUAAUUGAUAAUCUUAAAUAUGUUAUUAAUGUUGAUAUACAAUAAAUACUUUAUUACAAACCAAAUAAAACAUUACAUAGAUUAGUAUUAUUGAAUUCCAGUCUUCCUAAUUGUGUAAAGAUAAUGAUAGAAAAUGAUAUUUAUUAAGAUGUGCUAUUAUUUUCUUUAUUUUAAGAUGAGUAUAAUAAUUAAAGAAAUCAAUAAUCGAAACACUAAUAAUAAUACUAUCCUCAAUAAUAAAAUAGUACAUAAUUGAAUAAUAAAUAAAUAUCUAUUCAGUAAUAAGUUAAGAUGUUAUUGGAAGAAAUGAAUUAAUAGACAGAUAUAUUAAUAGAAUAAAAUCAAUUGAAAACAUUACCUGAAUUUAAAGCUUAACAAUAUGUAAAGUAAAUGAAGAAUCAAAUAUUGUCAGAAGAGAAGAAAAAAAAGUGUCUAAAAUGCUAAUAGGAGUUUAGUAGUGAUAUUGGAAGUAUUGCAGGAUAAAUUACAAAUUUUUGUAUGAAAUGUUAUAAAGAAUUUUCAAUUUGA